AUCAGACGAGGUCAGGAAUCACAGUAUGAGCAUGCGUGAUCAGAACGCAUCGUCGCUGUAGCUGCUGCAUGUUAAUCAUAAGCAUAAACAUGGCGGAUUUGGUCUGUAUGUGAUGUGAAGACUCAAUCAACGCCUGUCAGGUGCUGCGCGUUCACCGGAUCUGAAUCAUGUCAGGAGGGCAGGACGAGAGCACAGUCCGUGUGGCGCUCAGGAUUCGUCCUCAGCUGGCAAAGGAGAAGAUUGAAGGAUGUCACAUCUGUACGUUUGUGAUGCCAGGCGAGCCGCAAGUGGUUUUGGGAAAGGAUAAAGCCUUCACGUACGAUUAUGUGUUUGACAUGGACUCAACGCAGGACAGCAUCUAUGCCAACUGCACUGAGAAACUCAUUGAAGGGUGUUUUGAAGGUUACAAUGCCACAAUCUUCGCAUACGGGCAGACAGGCUCAGGGAAGACAUAUACGAUGGGCACAGGGUUUGACAUGACUCUAUCAGAUGAAGAGCUGGGCAUCAUCCCACGAGCAGUCAGUCAUCUGUUUAAAGGCAUCGAACAGAGACAACAGACAGCAGCAGAUCAGGGACGUCCCGCCCCAGAGUUCAAGAUCAGUGCACAGUUCCUGGAGUUGUAUAAUGAAGAGGUGCUAGAUCUCUUUGACACCACUCGUGAUAUGGAGAUGAGGAAACAAAAAUCUCACAUUAAAAUCCAUGAGGACGCUAGCGGCAGCAUCUACACUGUCGGGGUGACCACACGCACAGUCAGCUCAGAGACAGAAAUGAUGCAGUGUCUGAAGCUGGGCGCGCUCUCUCGCACUACCGCCAGCACACAGAUGAACGUACAGAGUUCACGCUCACACGCCAUCUUCACCAUACACAUCUGCCAAGUGCGAGUGUGUGCACCUGGAGAAAACUCUCCACAUCAGGACAGUGAGACAGACAAUCGACUGGCCAGCAACUCUUCUGAGAUGGAAGAGUUUGAGACACUCACAGCCAAAUUUCACUUUGUGGAUCUGGCCGGAUCAGAGCGGCUCAAGAGGACUGGAGCUACAGGAGACCGGGCCAAGGAGGGCAUAUCCAUUAACUGUGGACUGCUGGCAUUGGGAAAUGUUAUCAGUGCUUUAGGAGACAGGACCAAAAGAUCGACGCACGUGCCUUACCGAGACUCAAAACUCACUCGCCUUCUGCAGGAUUCACUGGGAGGAAACAGCCGAACAGUGAUGAUCGCCUGCAUCAGCCCGUCAGAUCAGGACUUCAUGGAGACCCUCAACACACUGAAAUACGCCAACAGAGCUCGCAACAUCAAGAACAAGGUGAUGGUGAACCAGGACAAGGCCAGCCAGCAGAUCAGUGCUCUCAGAACGGAGAUUGCCAGACUACAGAUGGAGCUCAUGGAGUACAGAACGGGGAAGCGAAUGGUUGGAGAAGAUGGGCUCGAAAGCAUCAACGACAUGUGUCAUGAGAACUCAAUGCUGCAGAUAGAGAAUAAUAAUCUGCGCAUGCGUGUGAAGGCUAUGCAGGAAACUAUAGACGCUCAGGGUGCCCGACUCACACAGCUCCUCAGUGAACAGGCCAAUCAGGUGCUCGCCAGAGCAGGUGAAGGCAGCGAGGAGAUUGGAAAUAUGAUUCAGAAUUACAUCAAGGAAAUUGAAGAUCUGAGAGCUAAACUUCUGGAGAGUGAAGCAGUGAAUGAAAACUUGAGGAGGAACCUCACACGGGCGUCUAGUCGCCCCCCAUUCUACGGAAACUCUGGAACGUUCUCUCCUGCUCUGCUGGGGGCCGACCCGAGUCAGGAGACUAGUGACAUCAUCGAUAUUGCCAAGAAAGACCUGGAGAAAUUGAGAAGGAAGGAAAAGAAGAAGAAGAAGAGACUCCAGCAGUUGCUGGUCGACAGGAGAGAGGAGGAGAAUGAGGAGAUGGAGGAAGACAGUACCAACGAGAAGAUCAAUGAGAAAGAGAUGUCAGAACCAGCCAGUCAAGAGCCAGAGAUGGACAGCAGUGACCGUGAGGAGGGAGAUGGAGAAGAGGAGGAGGAGGUGGAUGAAGAAGAGUUGGAGGAGAGCUCUGAGGAGUCUGAUUCUGAGCUGGAUGAGAAAGAGGACUUCCAGGCAGAUCUGGCCAACAUCACGUGUGAGAUCGCCAUUAAACAGAAGUUAAUCGAUGAACUGGAGAACAGCCAGAGACGCCUGCACACGCUCAAACAACAGUAUGAACAGAAACUCAUGAUGCUGCAGUGUAAGAUCAGAGACACACAGCUGGAGAGAGACCAAGUGCUGCAGAAUAUGGGCUCCGUGGAGACGUGCUCGGAGGAUAAAGCCAAGCGCAUAAAGGCUGAAUAUGAAAAGAAACUGAGUGUGAUGAAUAAAGAGCUGCAGAAGCUGCAGGCAGCACAGAAAGAGCAUGCUCGCUUACUGAAGAACCAAUCACAGUAUGAGAAGCAACUGAAGAAACUACAGCAGGACAUGACUGAAAUGAAGAAAACCAAAGUGCGUCUGAUGAAGCAGAUGAAGGAGCAGCAGGAGAAGAGCAGGAUGGCAGAAUCACGCAGAAACCGCGAGAUCGCCACACUGAAGAAAGACCAGCGCAAACAAGAGCAUCAGCUGAAACUUCUAGAAGCUCAGAAGAGACAACAGGAACUCAUUCUGCGCAGAAAAACUGAGGAGGUGAGUGCUCUGAGGAGGCAGGUGCGACCCAUAUCAGGAAAGGUCACACGAAAGGUAAAUCUGCUAGAUUCAAGUCAGGAUGUCUCUCACAGACCAUCCGCAGGUCGAACAUACUCCAGUUCAGGAACACCUAAUGGAACCAGAUUAUACCACCGCAGGCCGGUUGGCAUUUACUCCUCCCGUGUGGCUCGUGGUAAAUGGCAGAGCUUGGAACGGCGUAUAUCUGAUAUUAUAAUGCAGCGCAUGACCAUUUCAAACAUGGAGACAGACAUGAAUCGCCUUCUAAAGCAACGUGAAGAGUUGACACGGAGACGGGACAAGAUCAUCAGAAAGAGAGAGAGACUGCUCGCGGACGAGCCAGAGGACGAGAAGGCCGUUCAGACACUGAAUGAAGAGCUGGAGUCACUACUGGCAAACAUUGACUACAUCAAUGACAGCAUCACUGACUGCCAGGCCAACAUCAUGCAGAUGGAGGAAGCCAAGGAGGAGGGUGACGCUGUGGAUGUCUCAGCUGUAAUUGGCUCCUGCACUCUUGCUGAAGCUCGAUUCCUUCUAGAUCAUUUCAUGUCCAUGGCCAUCAACAAGGGUCUUCAGGCAGCGCAGAAGGAAUCUCAGAUAAAGGUGAUGGAGGGCCGUCUCAAACAAACUGAAAUCAACAGUGCAACUCAAAACCAGCUGCUCUUCCACAUGCUCAAAGAGAAGGCUGAGUUUAACCCAGAGCUGGACGCUUUGUUGGGGAGCGCUCUGCAAGAACUAGGUAACAUGCCCUUGGAAAAUGGUGACGACAGUAGUAGCGAUGAGUCGACCCAGAGUCCUGCAGUGGAGGGACACAUUCUGACAUCAGACCUCUUGAAGCUAUGUGGAGAGACUAAAUCUAGGACUAAGGCUCGGAGAAGGACCACCACUCAGAUGGAGUUACUCUAUUUGAACAACUGUGACUCUGGUCCGGAUACACCCACAAAAGAUUUCUCCAUCCCUCUACACACAAUGGCUGAGACAUCUGAGGGAGUUAUAGACAUGGAAUCUGCUGGAAAUACUAUUAGAGACCGGGACUACAUGCUCCCUCCUGUUGGCUUGUCCUCUAGAAUGGGCAGCAUUAGCAGCUCUGGCAACAGACUUCCAACAGUCAGGCAAAAGAGAGUGCCGGAACCAUCCCCUCUGUCCCGCAGGAAGACUUAUGAAAAGGGACAAGCCCUGGCUGACAAGGCCAAAGCCAAAGAGAUCACACAAGGUGUGAUCAACCCUGUUCCAGCUUGGAAAAGCAGUCGUGGCAGCUCUCUGCAGUGUGUUCAUAUAGCAGAGGGUCACAGUAAAGCUGUGCUGUGUGUCGACUCCACCGAUGACCUCCUCUUCACCGGAUCUAAAGACCGGACGUGUAAGGUGUGGAAUCUGGUGACAGGACAGGAGAUCAUGUCUCUUGGUGGACACCCCAACAAUGUGGUUUCAGUGAGGUACAGCUCCAGUGUGGUGUUUACCGUCUCCACCUCCUAUAUCAAAGUCUGGGACAUCCGCGACUCGGCCAAAUGCAUCCGCACACUCGCUUCGUCAGGAUUGGUGAACACUGGUGACACGUGUGCAGCCAGUACAAACCGCACCGUGACCAUACCGGCUGGAGAGAACCAAAUUAACCAGAUCUAUCUGAACCCGACCGGAACCUUUCUGUACGCUGCUGCGGGAAAUUCUGUGCGCAUGUGGGACCUCAGACGGUUUGUGUCUACGGGUAAGUUAAUGGGUCAUCUGGGUCCAGUCAUGUGUUUGACGGUUGAUCAGACUGGUAAUGGGCAGGACCUGGUGAUCACAGGGUCAAAGGAUCACUACAUCAAGAUGUUUGAUGUCUCAGAAACUGCAGUGGGGAGCAUCAGCCCCUCUCAUAACUUCGAGCCGCCUCACUAUGAUGGCAUCGAGUCGCUGGUAGUUCAAGGAGACUGUCUGUUCAGUGGCUCCAGAGACAAUGGUAUCAAGAAAUGGGACCUGAGCCGCAAAGACCUGCUGCAGCAGGUACCGAACGCUCAUCGGGACUGGGUCUGUGCUCUUGGUGUUGUUCCUGGUUCUCCCACCCUGUUGAGUGGCUGUAGAGGUGGAGUGCUCAAACUGUGGCACAUGGACUCAUUAAGUCCACUCGGGGAGCUCAGAGGCCACGAGAGUCCCAUUAACAGUAUAUCUACUAACAGUACUCAUCUGUUCACUGCAUCAGAUGACCGCACGGUGAAGAUCUGGCGUGCGAGGGGAGGUGUGGACGGCACUGCAGAUGUGACCGAGACUGCUGAUGAGACUGUCAGUAACUGACUGUUCCUUUAAUUACAAACUACAGCAGCGUUACUACAGUAACGUAGCUGCCAAAGACAUUUGCACUUUGACCCUACAAAUAAAACCUGGAUAUGGACUGUUUGACCUGCACCAGAACAGAAUCUGCUCGUGUCAGAAUCAGCUCACAAUGGUUCUUUUGGACAUAUCCCAGAGUUCAGUUCACUAACCGUAUGGCAUUGCUGAAGACGUAAAUUCUACGUCACAUGCUAAAUAAAGCUCUUUGUUCUUAAAAAGCCAUGCCAGCUCAGUUAAUUCUAACAAUCAUGGAGACGGCACUGGAAACAGACACGCUGAUGAAGAGUUCUGUCAGAGCCGGAUCUUCUUUAGCUGGACUCAGUAUUCUGGUUCUUGGAAAUGUUGUGGAGUGGAAGAGAUGUCUGUAGACUAACUGGAGGAAUCUUAUAAAACCUAGCAAAAACAUGUGGUCACAUUUCACCCCAAAAUAAAAAGUAAAAGAAAUGAUCUAUUACAAGGAACACAAAACUAUUGUGCGGUAAUGCAAAACUUUAUGCAAUGGAAUGCAAACUACUGCUAGGGAACCCAACAAUAUUGCAAGGUAUGCAUAGUUAUGUAAUAACUCUGUAAUAACUCUGUGAAUUUAAAUACACAAUCAAGAAUUAAUAAUAGCCACUGAAUGUAGAAGUGUUUGCACUCCUGGGAACGUUUAUAAUCAGAAUCAGUUAAAUUAAACAAUAUUUCAUUUCUAUUCUUUGUCAUUUUCACAUUAAUAAGGGAAAACCAGCAUUGCGGACAUGAUGUCUCUCUAUUACAGACCUGACAGCAGUAAAAGUAGCACUUAAAGUACAUGAUAAGGGAAAACCAUCCAAAAACCUCCAGAUUUUGACCUCUGAGACAUCGGUAUGGUAUCCAUUAAGGCUUCACGAUUGAUUGAAUUUAGAAAGAAAUUGCGAUUUGGCCUUGCACGAUUACAAAACAGCAAAAGGCUUUGUUUUACAAAACAGUCUGCAUUCAGCGCUUCAGUCAGCAAUGAGCUUCACAGAUGACUUAAAGAUGGGAUUGCAUUACUUGAUGAUGUUGGGUUUUGUGAUGUGUUCACUAGGCACAUUAAUGUAGAACGAUUGUUAAACAGUAUUUCAGAAUCGAGUAUUGGAAGAGACCAUUGUAUAAAGAAUAAUAUCAUUGUUACUGUUAUGUAUUUACACUUCAUGAAUGUAUUUGUCAUAGUACCUUCACUUAAUAUACACUUAAUAUUUCACUUAAGUAUGAAAGUCAUUAUUUACUUAACCUCAUAUCAUUUCAAAUCCAAAGUGCUACAUUACAGUAAAAAUAAAUCGUAAUGGUUCUUAAAAUAGGCUUCAUUUUCAUUAUAAAAUGUGUUUUUUCUUUUGAUUUUGUGGUGAAAUUUGACUAACGUAGACGAGUUUUCGAAAGAUUCACCCAACUAAAAUCACCAUGACCUUAAAUGAACUAUAAUGUGAUUGGCUUUAGUGUGGCACCUACUAAUUAUUUGGUGACCAAAGUGUAAAGCCACCUUAACAGCUCAUAUCAACAUAUACUAUAAGACAAUAACAAUAUAGAAGCUUUCUAUCACAUAUCACACAUCUCACAUUUGUUCUGUGUUGUUACCACUUUCCAGUAAAGGCACAUUUUACCCAAAUAUGGAAAUUCUGUUGACAUGUAUUUGCUCAUGUUGUUCCAAACCCGUAUGACUUUCUUUCCUCUGUGAAGGAGUAACAUCUCCUUUUGUGUUUCAACAGACGAAAGAAAGUCAUACGGGUUUGGAUCGACAUGAGGGUGAUUAAAUGAUGACAGAAUUUACAUUUUUGUGUGAAUUAUAGACCUUUACGUUCUAUUGGGUCUGUGCAGCAUACUAAUAAGCGCACUAGAAACUGUACUUUAUAUAAACUGUAUUUUCAUGUAAGAAGAGAAUGACGUGUCUGUAUCACUUAUCUAUGUAAAACAGUGCUUUUCCCAAACCUGCUCACUGGAGUCCACUAAACAUACUAGUUCACUGUACAUGUCAAACUUUCUCUAACACAUGAAGAUUCACUUGAAAGUGUUGGUAGAACAGUUCUAUUUAAUACUUUUAGAUUUCAGGCCUCACUUUGGCUGUAUGACGUCGGGUGUUUUCACUGGAGGUUUAUUUGUUGAAAUGCAAUGAGUGACCCAAUAGUGAUUUGAAUGUCAGAUGCCAAUGGAAUUAAAUGUCAUCUGCCAAAACUACAUGUGAAGUGCUGCUGUUUUCAUUGACUAGA